CCCAUGUACUAAGUCCAUGCAGUUUUAUCCACAUCAAUCAAAAAUUCCCUGUAAAUAAUACUAAGUCCUGUGAGCUGAGAGUCGCUUUCUUUCCCCUAGUGUACCCUGAAACAUCUACCAGUGCCAAUUCACCACACAGCAAUCAAAACCUACCAACGAAGACGGUGAAGGUGAAGUCUAAGAAACGCAGACGUGUUUCCAAAAUUCAAAGGAGAUUAUUUAGGAGAACCACUAUUUCUCCAAUGGAUGUUGAAGUACCUCAAGUCCAGCGUGGCACAGCUGUAGCUAUAGAACUGAGUGAAACAGAAGUAUAUCCUGAAACUUCUACCAGUGCCAAAUCACCACGCAUGAAACAAAAACUACCAAAGCGGCUGGUGAAGAUGAUGACUAAGAAAAACAGACGUGUUUCCAAAUUUAAAAGGAAACUCUUUAGGAGAGGCAAUGCUUUUCCAAAGGAUGUUGAAGUGCCUCAAGUCCAGCGUGGGACUUUACCACCAACUGAAGCAGAAGUGUCCCAUGAACCUCCUGAUAAUACAGUUUCACCAGUUAACCAGCGAAAGUCUACAGUGAGCAUGGUCGAGGUACUAUUUAAUAAAUGCAGACGUGUGUCACCUGAAGAGACACAAGUGAAGGUGGAGAAGGUGGAGAGUAGAAGUUUUAAUUGUUUUACUUCAAUCUUUAAAAGAUUUUUUAAGAAGUCUGUCAUCCCUGAAGUUAUUGAAGAACCUCCAGCUGCUCCAGCUGCUCCAGCUGCUCCAGCUGCUCCAGCUGCUCCAGCUGAUGUUGUGCAUACAUCUGAAGAAAUACUACAAACCCAAAGGAAAGACAUAAAUGUACUGUACCAAGGCCCACCUCAAUCUUCAGAUGAAGAUAUGCUUGAAGAGGAGGAGGAGGAGGAGGAGGAGGAGGAGACGGUGGAGGAGGCGGCGAUGGCGGAGGAGGUGGAGGCAGAGGAAGAAGAAUUGGAGGAGGUGGUAGAGUUUGAGGCACCAGGGGAAGAGGCAGAGAAGGAGGAAGAAGAGGAGGAGGAGGAGGAGACGGUGGAGGAGGCGGCAGCGGCGGAGGAGGAGGCAGAGGCAGAGGAAGAAGAGUUGGAGGAGGUGGUAGAGUUGAAGGCAGCAGGGGAAGAGGCAGAGAAAGAGGAAGAAGAGGAGGAGGAGGAGGAGGAGGAGGGGAUGGAAACCUACUACCUAUAAAAAUAU